AUGGAGAAGACCAAAGCAAGCGGAACAAUGAUGGGCAUGAACACUUCCACCGCAGCCGGUAACCGGGAAGAGCUGCAGGAUCAUGCCAGCGGCAGCAUGCGGACGGCGGAGAGCAUUCUCCGGUUGGUUCCCGUGGGGUUGUGCGUGUCAGCUCUGGUAGUCAUGCUCAAGAACUCCCAGACCAACGAUUUCGGCUCACUUUCUUACUCUGAUCUCGCUGCCUUCAGGUACUUGGUACACGCCAACGGCAUCUGUGCAGGCUACGCCCUCCUCUCCGCCGUCGUGGUGGCAAUGCCGCGUCGCCCGGCCACCACUGCGGGAUCGGCCUGGACCUUCUUCCUCCUUGACCAGGUGUUCACUUACUUGAUCCUGGCGGCAGCUGCUGUCUCGGCCGAGGUGCUCUACCUUGCUGACAAGGGCGACCUUGACAUUACGUGGAGCGCGGUCUGUGGCUCGUUUGGUGUGUUCUGCCACAAGGCCAUGGCCUCCUUGGUCCUGACAUUCGUCGUGGUUCUCUUCUUCAUUGCGAUCUCGCUUGUCUCGUCCUACAAGCUGUUCAGUAGGUUCGAUGCCCCUGUGCGCAGCUGCCCUGCUGCUGCAAAGGGAGGGCUCGAGAUUACUGCGUUUUAG